AUGGCAGUCAUCUCGAGUUCCAGUCGACCGGUGAGGAUCCCCUUGAGAUCAAGAAACCGAGGCCAUGGCUUUCCUUGGAUUUCUUUGGCGGGCCGCUGGUUGGGCUAUGCCGUGUUGAUCUGCGUCGUAAUAUCGCUGUGUUAUCCCACAGAAACCUACGACACGUACAUGACAGUAUCGGAUGAAGUCUCCUUUCGACUGCAAGGAUAUACUGAAGCGUACAGUGAGACAACAGAUUGGUCCUUUUUUCAAAACGAUUUCAAGCACCGCUUUGGCCGUCUUCCACCCGCAAGUCUCCAACAAUGGCAUCGCUAUGCCCGCUACCACGGUUGUCUGGAAAUGGACGGGUAUCAGACGCUGCACGACGAUUUGGAACCGUAUCGACGCCAAAAACGACAAAAACACAGAAGAUAUUAUUAUGAAAAAGUGAUAUCUUCGGGAAUUCAUCAAACGGACAAUUAUAUGGUCUUUCAAGUAAAGAACCACAUCUUGACCGUAAUUGCCCAAAAAUGUGCCUUUGAUGAGGCUUCCAUUGCGGUAAUUGAAAAGAACUUUCGAUGGAUGUUGACGCCCGUGGUUCAACACACACCUCCUCUCGAUGCCAUUUUCUUUUUUGAUUUACACGACAAUCCCACCCGAAAAUCCAAUCCGGAUUCGCUCCCCAUUUUUGGCACGUGUCGCAUGACUUAUUGGACCGACGAUCAACCUACUACAACCAUUACUACAGAUGAGUAUUCAAAAGCCACGCAACUGCGACAACCCUUUCAUCCCGAUUUCAUGGACACCAGCUACGAGAGUAGCUCUGUCUUAUUGGUACCCUAUUAUUGGGCGCUCGAUGUCUCCCUGUUUUCCUCGUCGGGACCUGCAUUUACGCAACGUCAAGACGCCAUUGUCUGGCGUGGUGUCACGACGGGACAGGAAUGGGGAGUAUCUCCUCGCUUUCAACUGGUCGACGAGUAUGGUCAAAAAAAGGAGUCGGGUGUCCAACUGGACUUUGGGUUUACGGGCGUGGUCCAAAAUACAUCGGCCGCACACACAUUGCCGCCCGGGACCACGUUGGCACCACACAUGAACGAUGCGCAGACACAACAGUACAAGUACAUUAUGGAUGUCGAUGGAAAUGCCUUUACGUCUCGGUUCCCGCGACUCCUCCAAUCCGGAUCCCUCUUGUUCAAAUCUACACGGUUUCGGGAAUGGUACACCGAACGGCUACAGCCAUACAAACACUACGUUCCCGUCAAUUACAACCUUUCCGAUCUAGUCGAAAAACUCACGUGGGCUCAUGAGCAUCCUCAAAUGGCACCACGGAUUGUUCAAAAUGCCGACACUGCAUCCAAACAGUUCUUUCGGCGCAAGGAAAUGCAGUGCUAUGUCUAUCGAAUGAUGCUCGAAUACAAUGAUCUGUUUGAACCAACAACAAAAUAA